CAUCCAGAGGGAGAGCUGUGUGAAAAAAUUGGUUUUUCCGUGCGACAGCUUGGAAUUCAAGGCGUCAAGAUAAUCCCGGCGAAGAAUCGUGCGGACCGCUCGCGCGAGUCACCGAUUACACGAUGCUUAUCCGGCCGACAACGGCUCGUCCGAUCGAGAGGCGAUCGAGGGCUUGACACGUCGCCGCGAGAUCAAAACAACGCCAAUCGUUCGACUUGUCGAUCGAUAAACAAGCUCCCACGCCAGGAAGCGACGAUGCCGCGCGACGGCCAAAUGCCGUGCAUCACCCUCGGGCCAUCCCCCUUGCGCCAACGUAGCCGAGGCCGCGCACGCACGUAGCGAGUGAGCGCCUCUCCGCGAUGCGCGCACGCCCGGCCGACCGCGCUACUGCCACCACCACCGGCGCCAUCCGUUCUCUCUCUCUCUCUCUCUUUCUGUCUCUUUCUCGCUCUCUGUCGCGGGCUCGGCGAGUAAGCGCGGCGAAAAUUUUCCAGUGCUCGCCGAGCCUUUGCGUGGUGCGCGCGCGCUUCGGAGUGUGCGUCGGGACAGAGAGCGAAAGACCGAGAAAGAAAACUAACAGACGGCGAAGCAGACGCGUGCGAGCUCGCGGAUGUGCUAGUGGUGCGGGCAAGUGUCGCGCGAGGAGGCGAGAGCAGCGGCGGCGAUGUCGACGAGGUGCGCGCGCGAUGCGCUGGCGACGGCGUCGUGCAGCGAGCAGCAGCGCGAGACCGCGACGACGACGACGACGACGACGACGACGGCGACGAUGAUGAUGAUGACGACAAUGACGAUGACGACGAUGACGACGGAGGCGAGAGGACGAUGAAAGCGGCAUGGCGAUAAGGCGGAGGUCCAAGGUACUGCAGGUCACCGCUGCUGCUAAUGCCGGCGCGGCGUCGCCCUCGCCGCCAGCAGUCAACACGCCGAGCGCUGUGCUUGCUUUACCCAACAACAACAACAACAACAACAACAACAACACCAGCAGCAGUGUUGUAGUGCCGAGUAGCGAGCGCAGACGACGCAGGAGAGCCUCGGGUGGUCAGAGCGCUGUUCCGCUGAGCACAAAGAGCGCAUCAGCUGGCUUAGCGCAAGUCGGCGGAGCAGCGGCAGUAGUCAAUCAACAGCAGCAGCAGCAGCAGCAAGUGGCGCCGCCUCCGCCGCCGACGACGACCACGUCCUUGCCGCCGACGACGCCGAGCGCGCGGUGCGGACAGCCGACUGCCCUUGGCAUCGACUGGUCGCGCCAGCGCGACCACCAUAACCUCCAACAACACCACAAACACCACCACCACCUCCAGCAACAACAACGCAACUCCUCGUCGUCGCACGCGCUGCUCUCUCAGAUGUCUGCUGGUUCACAAAUUCAGAUGGCACCCCAAGCUACGCUAAACUCUGGUCAGUCUGUUCAUAAUCAGGAUUCAAAUAUGAGCACCGGCUCGUCGCAUAGCGACAAGGAAGCAGACCCAAAUACACCGGAGAAGGUGCUAAGAACCCCCUCAGAGAGGAAAAGAAAACGUAAAGCAGAUGAUAGUGGUGGAGGGGGUCUUAUGGGUCCUGUGGGUAAAGGAGCCAGAUCGGCUGGUUUAGAUAGUAAGAAAAUAAACGAGUAUUUUCCAAAGCACCAUUUGGGCAGCAGUCCCAUCAGGCACGGUGGUGCCAAAAGUCCAUCCCCUCAGCAGGGUUAUCCUAUGCUGAAACUGUACAACUGUAUUUUCAAUUCCCUGCAACUAAAGUACCCGCCGUCAUCGCCUCAGCAGCUGAUAGCGCCACAAGUGACAACGAGCUCGGGGGUGGCGGUGAACGCCGGCGGUUCGGUAGCGUCGACGGGGGUGGCGGUGGCGACGACGCCAAGUAGCGAAUUCGGUACUUCGCUAAUGCAGCCGCCACGCAAUCCAGCGGCAAAUAGCUCGGGCGGUUCGUCGGCCCCGAGUCCGCCAUCCUUGUCGUUGGCCACCACAGUUGCCAACGCGGCUGUGCCGGCUGCUACGACAGUCACCGUCACCAGUGCCACCACCACGAGUAUCGCAUCAGCCGCUGGUGGCGUUGGUGUCGCCGCCUCGAACGUCGUUUCCCAAGGCGGUUCGAUGGUCAGCAAACAGGUGCAGGUAAGGUCCACAAACCUUCCUCGGACAAGCCAGGUCAGGCAAGCGAAGACUAAUACCCCAAAUACGGAGCUCACCUGUCAGAGGAUACAAGAGUUCGAGAAUCAAGCGUCCAACGACUUAGAGCUACGUAACAAUAAGAUCGAGGAACUGAAUAGAACAACGGAGGAGUUGAAGAUUCAGGUAUCGAGUCAACAAAAAGUGAUAGAGCAGCACAAAAAUCACAUAAGCAAGUGUAUAGACGUGGUGAAGAAGCUCCUGAAAGAGAAGUCGAACAUCGAAAAAAAGGAGGCCCGUCAAAAGUGCAUGCAAAACCGAUUGAGGCUCGGCCAAUUCGUAACUCAAAGGGUAGGCGCCACAUUUCAAGAGAACUGGACGGACGGCUACGCUUUUCAGGAACUGGCACGUCGACAAGAGGAGAUCACGCAAGAGCGCGAGGAGAUUGAUAGAGCGAAAAAGCUGUUGUUGAAGAAGAGGCCAUCGAACAACGACGGUGGUGGUCGUAAGCGCAGCAAUCAACCGGCGACCACCUCCUCCUUACACAACGGCACUGAAGCGACGUUUUUGAAGCCGGAUGCUGUACCUGGUCAAUACACCUGGCAGGAGUAUUACGAGGCUGACGAAAUCCUCAAGCUACGACAGAGUGCGCUGAAGAAGGAGGACGCCGAUUUGCAGCUCGAGAUGGAGAAACUCGAGAGAGAAAGGAACCUGCAUAUUAGGGAGCUCAAGCGUAUACACAACGAGGACCAAUCGAGAUUCAAUUCGCAUCCUGUACUCAACGAACGAUACCUCCUUUUAAUGCUACUUGGAAAGGGUGGCUUUAGUGAGGUACACAAAGCUUUUGAUCUGAAGGAACAGCGGUACGUCGCCUGUAAAGUUCAUCAGCUUAAUAAGGAUUGGAAGGAGGAUAAAAAGGCCAAUUACAUAAAGCACGCGUUACGAGAGUACAACAUACACAAAGCGCUGGAUCACCCACGAGUUGUCAAACUAUACGAUGUGUUUGAAAUAGAUCCUAACUCGUUUUGCACUGUUCUGGAAUACUGCGAUGGCCAUGAUUUAGAUUUCUAUCUCAAGCAGCAUAAAACUAUUCCGGAGAGAGAAGCAAGAUCUAUUGUAAUGCAGGUCGUAUCUGCGCUAAAAUACCUCAAUGAAAUUAAGCCCCCUGUCAUACAUUACGAUCUAAAACCAGGGAACAUUUUGCUGACAGAAGGUAACGUUUGCGGGGAAAUUAAAAUUACAGACUUUGGAUUGAGCAAAGUCAUGGAUGAAGAUGUCUAUAAUCCAGAUCACGGCAUGGAUUUGACGUCACAAGGAGCUGGUACUUAUUGGUACCUGCCACCAGAAUGUUUUGUAGUUGGUAAAAAUCCUCCAAAAAUAUCGUCAAAAGUAGACGUAUGGAGCGUCGGAGUCAUUUUUUACCAAUGUCUAUAUGGGAAAAAGCCUUUUGGACAUAAUCAGUCUCAAGCAACCAUUUUGGAAGAGAAUACGAUUCUCAAAGCAACGGAAGUUCAAUUUGCCAAUAAGCCGACUGUUAGCAACGAAGCAAAGAGUUUCAUUCGAAGUUGCCUAGCGUACAGAAAAGAGGAACGUAUCGACGUGUUGACUUUAGCCCGACAUGAGUAUCUGCAGCCGCCAGUACCAAAACAUGGCCGACAGGCAAACAGUCAGCAACAGCAGCAACAGCAGCAACAAAUCCAACAGCAGCAACAGCAGCAGCAGACCUCGUUUACAACGGGCAUGUUUAGCGGCAUGAACGCGUCGAGCAGCUCGUAGUUGUGGAGAGCUAGUGGCGGAGGCAGUGGAGUCUCGAGAAAAGCCUACGUACAUGCCAAAUCCUGAAAGAAAGCUAGGUACUGAAGCAGCAUGCUAAACAAUUUGUAAAUAAACGCCAAGAGCAAAUAGAAAACGCCAGUGCAGAUUAAUGGGGAUGAAAAGAAAGAAGUCAGAAUAAAGACAACAAACUUUCACACAUUCGCACAGAGACGAAAAGCUCGAAGGCUCCGGAUUUAUUCAGCAUGACAGAGAGCAAAACGAGAUUGUUGUGUUCGCAAUUUAUUCAAAUGUAUUAUCGUUCCUUGUAUAUCGAGACGAACAGUGGUUUUUGACUGAUAAUAGUGUUAUUAUUAAAUAAAAAAACAAAACAAAAACUGAUAAGGACAACACGGAUAAACAUGUGAUAAGUUAUGUGAGUUUUAAGAAGACGAACAAAUUAAUACGGAUCGGACAUGGGCAAGAAUCCAGUGGAAGUGAAUUUACUCAGUGAUCGAUGAUGAUGAGAGAGAGAAUGAGUGAGAAAGGCAUGUGAGAGAGCGAGUGAGAGCAAACUCCGGGGCAAUUCCGCGUCGAGUAGAAAGCUAACAUACUAAAAACAAAAAACACGAUUCAAAGACUUGCUUUUUUCGAGAUGUUCUUCCUCUCUUAUCUAACAUUUUUGAGAUAAACAAAAAGAAACAAAAGUUGCGUGAAUGCAUACGAUUAUGGCUAGAUUGUUAAAAUAAAUGAAGAUAAAUUAGCGUGUAUGUAAAUAUUUAUACUAUAUAUAUAUCUAUACUUAUGAUUCUAUAGCAUAUAUAUAGUGUAAAAAAACGAAACGAAGUAAUAAAAUAAAAACAGAGCAGACGGAGCGCAUUGAACAGGUAAAGAGGUGGAAACUGUGUGUGGUGGCUCUAUCCUCGCAUGACCGUCGUGCAGCGCCAGGUAUUCCAUGAAUAUUUGACAAGCACAUCAUGUUACUUUAUUCAAAUAUUAAUAAUUAAUUACUUGUAUCGUGAAUAAUAAAAGACACGCUCCGUAAAUACACAUUACAUACACGUACAUACAAUUCAAUGCAGAUUGUUUUGGUAUUAAUUGUUUCUGAGAACUGGAUCGACUAUAAAAGUAUUUAAAAUGACACGUAAAGAUCACAAUUUUUACACACAGAUACAUGCAAACAUACGAGUAUAAAAUUAAAAUGAACUGCAGAGAGAGGAGAUAACGCGAACCGAGUUGGGUUAAUGACAUGUAAAGAAUAAAAUUUCACUAGGAAUCGUGCUUCACGCUCAUUUCUUAUCAUUUGUCCGCUAAAUAUUUUUCUGAACAUUCGAACGAUAAAUUAAAAGAAACAAUUCAUUUCUUGUCCCGGAGGUCCGUUGUAUCGCUCUUUCAAAAGCAUGAACUCCACUUUACAUUUACGACUAUAGUCAUUUUAUUUGUUCGCGCCGUGAGAGGAAAACAUUGAAAUUUAAGUGUUUCGAAAUUGAUUAAAGGGCGUGGAUUUAAAAGGUAAAAAUGACAUUAAAAAACGGACAACGGAUGUUAAGCAUUAUAACAAUUAUACCGACCUGAUCAUUAAAUAGUUUCUUUACUCAUAAUUUGUUUUAUAUAUGUACGUUAUACAUAGAUAAUUAUGAAAUAGAAGACUAAGUUAUUUUAUCAAGUGCCCUUGCUUUGUAUUAUAGUCGCGUCUGUUGACAAAUCGCAGCUUUUGGGAAGUACUAGAGACGACGGAGAAUGAAAAACGAUAACAAAAGAGUAAGAAGAAAUCAACAGAGAAAAGAGAACGAGUUUUGUGCGAAAUUUAAAAAAGUAAAAAAGUAAGCGUGUGAGAGGGAUUACAAGUGUGAGUGAGAAAUUAUCGAUAAAGCGUAAAAUAAAAUGUGUAUGCGAGAGCGAGAGUAUAAAAAAUGAAGAACUUGUUAAACAAAAAAGUGUUGUAAUUUGUUGGUACGAUAUUUUGGGCACAACGUCAAUGUCUCAAUUUACCAACAUGAUUGGCAAAAAAGUGUGGACAGGAGAAUACAUACAAGUCUGAACAGUGUCUACUAUUACAUCCGUCGAUUAUACUCGAUAAAACGCCAACACCGAUUCCUCGAUCCUUGUCCCGUCUUUUUAUUACAGAAAAAGAAUACAAAAUUAAUAUAAAAAGUGACGAGUAAAAGUAUGAAACGUUCCAGUUUUUGCAUUCAAAUACGUCAUUAGAAUUGACAUCUUUGAAGAAUAUUGUACAGUAAUAUUUGCUUUAGUUUAUUAUCUUAGUUCUUAUUCAGACUUUAUUUCUAAUUUUAUUUGUUCAAGAAACUUCCUGUAUUACUGACCUGUUGACAUUAUUCUUCAUAAUAAUAUUCCUAUUAUGUUUUAUUGUUUCUUUUAAAUAUCGCUGUACAGUAUUUUUUUUUGUUCAAAAACAAAAACUUUUUAGAAUACCUUUGUAAUAAAGCAAUAUCGUAGAUUUUUACAAAAUUUCCGUAGCAAAAGUGUAUUUACCUGAAUUUACUGCUCACAUUAUUAUUAUAAACAAUUGCAUAAAUGUAAAUAUUCGGUUGUAUAGUAGAACAAGUAAAACAUUGCAUUCAUACAUGUUUGAAAAUCGAAAGAAACGUGUGAUAUUAAUUUAGUUUGUCAUAAACAUUUCCUCUCUUAGUUGAUCAAUUCGACUAUCAUAAUGUUCAUUUAUAUUUUUUGUAUGAAUCAUAAGUUAAUUUGCAAGUUUUUAGUCAGUUGAGCAACAUUACAUGCUUAAUAAUUGUAAAUUUUUUAACGAAGCACCAAUUAUUCAUGAAAAUUUUUUUAGAAAUCGAGUAAUUGAUAACAAAUGUUAUUAAACGCAAAAUUA